AAAUCCUGUAUACAUGAUGAGUCAUCCGAAUGACUUCCGAAUGAGACCAGGCUCAUACUGUUUUCCCCUAAACUCAUCCAGCCUGAUACCAACUUAUCAACCAAGUACUGUUACCCCUCAAACCCAACUCGUCUCGUUUGAAACUGCUUCCUUCUGAAACGACUUGAUCAGCAAUUAUGAACUAUCAAAAGGAACUUGAAGCGCUCCCAAUCCCAGACUUAUCGGGUCAGUCAGUAGGCGACCGUCGUUUCAAGUUGGUCGAGUUGAUUGGCUUUGGUGCCUCCGGAAAUGUUUAUCGCGCUCUCGAUACUCAGUCAAACCCAUGUGAUCCUGCAUACUAUGCCAUCAAGUGCUUGCCACACAUGGAACUCUCCCCAGAUGGUCUCGUAUGGAGGAAACGGGAGAUCACAUGCCACUGGUUGGCAUCCAGGUCCUCAUCACCACAGAUAUGCAAACUUCACCAAAUUAUCGAGGAAGGACUAUACAUCUAUUUCGUACUCGAUUACUGCCCUGGUGGUGACCUCUUUACGGCCAUCCAGUUGCGAACGUACGAGGGCAAUGUCUCGCUCAUUAAGAAAGUAUUCAUCGAGCUUCUCGAUGGCGUACAUGCCUGUCACUCCGCUGGCGUAUAUCACCGCGAUUUGAAACCAGAGAACGUUCUCUGUGUCGAGCCCGGAUUGGGCAUACGUAUUGCAGAUUUUGGUCUGUCGACCACAAAGCUUGUCAGUCGGGAAUUCAACGUAGGCAGUUGGGAUUACUUCAGUCCUGAAUGUAAUUUCGAGACAGGGAGCCCACAUUACUCGCCGCUUUACUCGGACAUCUGGUCGUUGGGUGUUAUCCUUGUAAACAUGGUCUUAGGUCGUGCUCCUUGGGGAAGCGCAACGCCUUCGGAUCAAAAC